UAAAAAAAGUGUGAGUUGAAAAUCUCUUCUUUUUCACAAAGAGAGAAAGAAAAAGGGAAUCGAGGCGACUUGCAUUGCUUAUUUUAAUUUUAUUUCUUUUUUCCCCCCCAUCCUCCUCACACUCACUCACUCACCCACUCACUCACAUAUUCCUCUUCUCUAUCACCUCUUUGCCAACUUGUCACCCAAUACCUUCGUUGCUCUUAUUUGUUUGCAAUUUGGAAGAAACGAUGGAUCUGUCCAAAGACUUGCAAAGCAAGACCGGAGCCCUGAAACAAAUCCACUGCUCUCAGUCGCUGCCUGGGACCCCGUUGUCCUUGAAAAACUUCCCUCUUCACCUCCGCACCUCCAUGGACGGCAAAUACAAAGAGAUUGCGGAGGAGCUCUUCUCCCGGUCCAUGGCGGAGAGUGACAUGCGGAGUGCCCCGUACGAGUUCCCGGAGGAGAGUCCCAUCGAGCAGCUGGAGGAGAGGCGGCAGAGGUUGGAGCGGCAGAUCAGCCAGGACGUGAGACUAGAGCCAGAAAUCCUACUCAGAGCCAAACAGGACUUCAUGAAAAUUGACAGCGCUUCAGACCUCCAGUAUUACAAGGACCAAAUUGAUUCCUCCGCUGAGCACUUCCCGGAGGAGCAGAAGCCGGCACUGGUGAGGGAGUUCCAGCGGGUCAGCAUAUCGGGAGAGGAGAAAUGCGGGGUUCCGUUCACUGACCUCCUGGACGCUGCCAAGUGCAUCGUGAAGAGCCUGUUUAUGCGGGAGAGGUACAUGGCGCUGUCGUUGCAGGGCUUCUACAAGACCACACGGCGCUUCCUGCAGCAGCUGGAGGAGAAGCAGCAGCAGGCGAACAUCUACGACGAGAUGCCAGAGACGCCCAUCAAACCAGAUGCCCCCAUGCUCCUGCCGUUCGCCGAGGAGCACCCCUACAAACACUGUGAACCAGCCCUGAUGCCCGAGGACGUGGGGUUCGGCUGCAGGAUGACGGACGGAGUGGUCCACGUGUAUUCUCAGUGCGGGGUGAUGGACAAGUCUACAGAGCUGGACCUUCCUUGCCCAGAUCUCCAGGAGUUUACCGCAGACAUGAACGUUUUAAUGGCCCUGAUCAUCAACGGACCCGUAAAGUCCUUCUGCUAUCGUCGCCUGCAGUACCUGAGCUCCAAGUUCCAGAUGCACGUGCUGCUGAACGAGAUGAAGGAGUUGGCGGCCCAGAAGAAAGUGCCCCAUCGCGACUUCUACAACAUCCGCAAAGUUGACACCCACAUCCACGCCUCGUCCUGCAUGAACCAGAAGCACCUGCUGCGCUUCAUCAAGCGGGCCAUGAAGAAGUACCCCAACGAGAUCGUGCACGUGGAGAACGGGAAGGGACAGACCCUCAAGGACGUCUUCGAGACCAUGAACCUGACCGCAUACGACCUGAGCGUGGACACGUUGGACAUGCAUGCGGAUCGGAACACCUUUCACCGGUUUGAUAAAUUCAACGCCAAGUACAACCCUAUCGGUGAGUCCAUCCUCCGCGAGAUCUUCAUCAAGACAGACAAUCACAUCCAAGGCAAAUAUUUUGGCCACAUGAUAAAAGAGGUGAUGGAGGACCUGGAGGAGAGCAAGUACCAGAACGCCGAGCUGCGUCUGUCUGUGUACGGCCGGUCCCGGGACGAGUGGGACCGACUGGCCAAGUGGGUGGUCAAGCACAAGGUCUACUCCAACAACGUGUGCUGGCUGAUCCAACUGCCGCGGCUCUUUGAUGUCUUCCGCACAAAGAACCAGCUGGCCAGCUUCCAAGACAUGCUGGAGAAUAUCUUUAUUCCCAUCUUUGAAGCCACCAUUAACCCUCGCAACCACCCAGAGCUUCACCUUUUCCUUCAGCAUGUGGUGGGCUUUGACAGUGUGGACGACGAGUCGAAGCCUGAACACCAGAUCUUCAAUGCAGACAGCCCCCUGCCCGUCAACUGGACAGAGGAUGAUAACCCCCCCUACUCCUAUUACCUCUACUACAUGUUUGCCAACAUGACGGUUCUGAACCACCUCCGCAAGAAGAGGGGCUUCAACACGUUUGUUCUACGCCCGCACUGUGGAGAGGCUGGGCCUAUCCAUCACCUCAUAUCGGGUUUCAUGCUCUCUGAGAAUAUCUCUCAUGGUCUUCUGCUGCGAAAGGCUCCAGUGCUGCAGUACCUCUACUACUUGGCCCAGAUUGGAAUUGCCAUGUCACCACUGAGCAACAAUAGUCUGUUUCUCAGCUACCACCGAAACCCACUGCCAGAGUACCUCUCCCGAGGCCUGAUGGUGUCGCUCUCCACGGACGACCCACUCCAGUUCCACUUUACCAAGGAGCCUCUGAUGGAGGAGUACAGCAUCGCUGCACAGGUGUGGAAGCUGAGCUCCUGCGACAUGUGCGAGCUGGCGAGGAACAGUGUGAUGAUGAGUGGCUUCUCCCACAAGGUGAAGAGCUAUUGGCUGGGACCAAACUACCAGAAGGAGAGCAUCGAGGGCAAUGAUAUUCGCCGCACCAACGUGCCGGAUAUCCGCGUGGGUUACCGGCACGAGACUCUGUGCGAGGAGCUGAACCUGAUCACGCAGGCGCUCAUCACCGCCGAACAGUUAGAGAACGACACCUUGAACAUGACCCCGAUUCCCGAGUCACAAUAAAGCUGCCUUUUUUUUUAACAGCGGAUGAAAAUCUUCGCCCUGCAGGAGGUCUGAGUUUUAAUAGAACUGGACGCCCGUAGAAUGCUAGAGUACCUGCCAGCGUUAACCACAUUGUCUUUAUUAGGCGUUAGACGCAGAUAGCCUCUCAAGUCUUCACCCCUUUCUAUUGCGCGCACAGACCGCGGCAUCUGCUCUCGGCGUCCGUCCUUGCUUUUUUUUUUUCCGGUGACGUGUAACUUAUUUGCAAA